AUGAACGUGACGGUGCCGCACCGCGGGGGGCCGUCACGCAGCGCAUCGGCGCGGCGGCCGCGGAGUUCGCAGAGCACCCGGGCGUCGGGGACGUUGCUGAAGCUGCCGGCCAUCGGGCCUGCCGGGCGCUAUAGCGUUGCGUCGGUCUCCUCCAAGUCCAGCGCUCGGCAGAAACGCGAGCAGCGCGAUGCGGAGCUCGUGCUAGAGGAGGGUGUGCACCACGUGUGUGGGGUGAACGCGCGCGAGACGAUGGACGUGAUGCUGAAAGUUGUGGCGGNGGCCCUAUCACCCUGCGCAAAGGAAAACCGCUGUGGCAGCGCGUGCAGGAGAUUGUGGCGGCCGCCAACCAGGAGGGACUACGUCGUGUACACACGGCGGUUCCGCCAGACGAGGUGCGCUUCUUCUUUGACAAGUCGCUGGACCUCAUUGAGUUGCCUAAAAAACCGGUCCCUGGGGUUUUAG